UACGCAAAGGGGUAUAACUCAUCAAAAACCUUCAACGAUGGCCGACGGCGAUCAGACACUGACACCUACUGUUGCAGCCAAAGACAAAGACCUGUCGAACGCGGAGGUCCAGGUACUUAUUCCAGGACUUCAGGUUAAGAAAUCAAUGAUGUUCAUGGGCAGUAAAAAACUUAAGGAGGAUGUCUGCACUGUCAAUGUUAAACUAGAGGAGAGCUCCCUUGAAUUGACAGCUGAAGUCAAAGAUAAGAAAGGGAAAGUCACCAAGUUCAAAUACAAGGCUAAUAAGUUACCUAGUCUGAUAGACAAAGAUGCCUCAAGUGUCUCAUAUGAUAAGGAAAAGGUGAUAAUAACUCUGAAGAAACAAGAAGAGUACUCAUGGGAUGUCGCCCUGUCUAAGUCUGGGUUGGACCAAGAUCCUGAUGCUUAGACAUGUAGAGUUACCUCCCUUGUUACAAUAAUCCCCACCGAUGUGAUAAAAAGGGUAACUUAAAGAAUGAUAUAAUGAUUGCUGUCCAAUAUUUGAUCAGUUAUUUUAAAUAUUUUAACAAUUGAGUAAUUGAUCUAUAGGUCUGAACACUUUGUAAUUUUCCAUAUCUUAAUACAAUCUAAUGUUAAUUUUCCAUGUCUUAAUACAAUCUGAUGUUAAGCCCUACAUGUUGCCUCCCAUUUUGCCAGCAUGUAUUUUGAAUUACAUGUACUGCCAAAUAUGUAAUUAUUUCCAAAAUUUCCAUAACAUGUAUUUCAAAAAUUUACAAUGUACAUAAAUUUUGCUUUUCAUACACAUGUAAUUUAACAAUACAUUUGUAGGUAUAGAGGAUCUUUUAUAAUCAUAUGAAAUGGAAGAUAGUCUGUAUACAAAAAAUUGGAUGGGAAAGGGAGACAACUGCUCACCUAAUUUAUGCUUAAACAUUAGAUCUGUAUAUACCACUGUGCCUUCUAUGCUCCUGCAUUGUCAUUAAUAAUAAUAAUUAAAUAUCAGCAUUGUUAUAAUUAAACAAUCAAAAUGUGUGUUUGUACACUGUCAAAGAUACCUGUAUCCUGUAAUUAUAGACAAAUGAUACAUUGUUUCCUUCUGUGAGCAAAAGGCUCAAUACUGAUCUCUUGAGAAGUCCAAUAUAUGCCUGCUACUUAGUAUCAUUUUCAAUUUUGAUUUUUCAAAACAGAUGAAAGUGUCAUGUAAAGUCUUGAGUUGGUUCAGAUUUAAGGUUAAAACGAAACUGUUUCUUGUUCAGGAUGAAAGAUGUACAAUAUAACUUUCUAUCCAAAGGUCACAAUGAUUAUGACAUUGUUAGAUCACUGGGAAGAACUGCUGUUGUAAUGAGUAAGUUUGUAAGGUAGGGAGGGGGUAAGUACUGUUAUGUAAAUACAGUCUAUAACAUUAUAUACAGUACAUUAAAUAAAUAGAGGAAGAUGUAUUGAUAAAUAUCUGCAUAGAAAUAAAAUGUAUUUUAAACCAAAUUCAAUUGGGGUUUUCUGCAAGAAUCAUAAAAAAAUCUUUUUUGGCAAUUUCACACUCUUAUGCUAGGUAGUGGUGAUUUGUAAUUCCUAUUAUGGUCUUUUCAAUAGUUAGUUUCCUAAUUCAUAAUUAGUUGGUAAUAAUUAUACAAUGUGUACACAGUUCUGUCUAUUACAGUCCAUAGAAUUGGAUUAAAAAGCGCUGUUUUUACUCUGAUUUUCUAAUGAAAUUAACUUAUGUGUGAUUAUUUAUCAUGUUUAAUUUUAUUCAUAUCAAGUACUGUGCUGUCAGUAGAUAUCAUAGAAGUUUAUAAUAUUUUCUUUGUACUUUCUAUAAAUUUGAUAUAAUGCAUAUACAGUAUAUUUAGAAUGUCUCUCUUCUGCUUUUCUAUCUCUUUUUUUAUGAUAGAAUAACAUUUUAUUCAAUAGUUUAUCAUAUUUCGACAGUCUUGUUAUACAUAGGUUGUUUUACUUAUAUAAAACUGUAUUUAUUGGUUAUGAAUCUAUUUUACAAGUAAUGGUGAGGGUUGUAAAGUUGUUAAAGUACAGACUGCAAAUAUCAAUACCUCUUAACAAUACAUAUUCAGUUGUUUAAUGUUUAAAUAUUUUGUAUCUGAUAGAAUUAUUAUUGAUGCAGAUUGAAUAAGUACAAUUUUUUUGUAAUUUACUCUUGUCCUGUUAUACAGCUCUAGACAGUCAUUUAAAAUGUAUAAUAAAAUUUUGUUUUUAAAUCUA